AUGCCUCCACCGUUCGUGCAACCUACAACCAACAAUUCAUUGAAGAUUUAUGAAAUACCUCUUGUAGAAAGAUUGAAAACCAUGUCAGAAACAAAUUCAAUUUAUUUCAAACAAAAAGAAGAAGAAUUGUUCAAAGAAAAGGAAGAGUUUUUGAGAUUAUGGGAAGAAAAAUUUGAGAAAUUCAAGCAACAAAACGAUAAAUUCGCAACGCCUUAUGUUGAUCUCUAUAAUGGAUGUGUUGCAAUCUUGAACAACAUGUGGAAAAAGACUCUCCAACCAAAAAAAAAGGUUCCAACAUGCGAGAAUGUUCCACACCAACGUUGGUUCUCUGUUCAAAAAGAAGAAAAUCGAGCAUGCUCAGAAUCUUAG